AUUGAAUGGAAGGUAUGAGUCGAAUUGUAACCAUGAAGUUGUUGGUGUUGCUGUGUUUGGUGCCAUUGGCACUUGCCACCCUCGAUAAGGACAAGACACCGGAUGGUCCCAGGGUGAUUACACCCUUGGGAGGUGUCCGUGGGUUCUACAAGUACUCGCAGAAUGGCCGGAAGUUCAUGGCCUUCGAGGGAAUUCCAUACGCACAGCCUCCAGUUGGUGAACUGCGAUUCAGGCCACCACAAAAGGUGAUCCCGUGGAUUGGCGACAUCGUGGCCCUGAAGACAGGUUCCCCCUGCCUUCAGUACCAGCACACACCUUUGAACCAGAAGGAGAGGAUUGUGGGUUCCGAGGACUGUCUCUACCUGAACAUCUACAAACCCCUAACGGAGAAAAGCAAACCCCUUCCCGUUAUCAUAUGGAUCCACGGUGGUGCCUUCCAGUGGCACAUGGAGGCACGCGACGGUGAAUUCACCAAACCCGACUACAUAAUGGACCGUGAUGUGAUCCUGGUGACGUUCAGUUACCGUGUAGGCCCCCUCGGUUUCCUGUCCACCGGCGAUGACCUGAUCUCCGGUAACAUGGGUCUCAAGGAUCAGAACAUGGUUCUCCACUGGGUCAAGGACAACAUCAAGGGAUUCGGUGGUGAUCCUGAUGAGAUCACACUCUUCGGUUUGAGCGCCGGUGGUGUAUCCGUUCACUAUCAAUAUCUGACACCUCUGACCAAGCCUGGUCUAUUCAAACGUGGACUUUCCUUCAGUGGUAAUGCCCUUAACCCAUGGGCCAUCACCGAGAACGCCCCGGAGAAGGCCAAGAAAUUAGCGAGCAUCGUUGGAUGCCCAACUGGGGACACCACGGAGAUGGUCAAGUGUCUGAAGACCCGUCCAGCCCGUCAAAUCGCACGUACCGACAUGGACUUCAUGGUCCUCGAGUUCAACCCAAUGACGCCCUUCGGACCAGUGGUGGAGAAAAAAACCGCAGAGUCUCCCUUCAUCACGAAGAUCCCCCACGAGAUAAUCAUGAAGGGAGAAGCUCUGGACGUUCCCUGGAUCACCGGAGUAGUCCCUGAAGAGGGUCUCUACCCAGGCGCGGACUUCUGUGCAAAUCCAGUGCUUCUGAGGGAAUUGGACGCCAGAUGGGACGAGCUAGCCCCCCACAUCCUUGACUUCAACUACACAAUUCCCUUGAACAAGCAGAUGGACGUCGCCAGGAAGCUCAGGAAGCACUACAUCGGCGAUGGGCCCAUUGACAAAAGGACUGCCAUGGACCUCGUCCACAUGGUUGGAGACCGACUUUACGUGGUGGGUGGUGUCAAAGCUAUCAAGUUGAUGGCCAAGUACAACAAGAGUCCCAUGAGGUACUACUACUUCACCUACCACGGAGCUGACAGUCUGUCCUACGCCAUGACCCUGACCCAGGAAGACUGGGGUGUAGCCCAUGGUGACGAUCCUUACUACGUCGUUGGAUCGCCCUUCAUGGACCCCACGACCACUGAAGAGGAUCGUGCCAUGCAGAGAGAACUCCUCGACAUGUGGACGACGUACGCAAUCAAGGGAAAACCUGAGGUAUCACUGGAAUGGACACCCAUAGACCCCUCCAAGGAGGAGCUUGUGUACUUACACAUCAAGGGCCCAGGACAAUACGAAAUGGAAGCCGACAGUAAUUUUGGCCAGAUCAAGCUGUGGGAGAGCAUUGAUUUCGACGAGGGCAAAGUGGGUGGCAAAAAGGUCGAGUUGUAAUUCGAUAAUUCAUCGUUUUUAUGGUUUUAUUGUGUACCAAUGACUGUUAUUGUUGUAAUUUUCACGAGAUUUAAUAAUUAUUGAAUAAAUGAUUGAAUAAAUAAAAUAAUUUUAACAUGA